AUGUCUAGGUACGCUGCAGCUCACAUCGAGCCCCAGGGUGCCGGAGACCCACGUCCUACAGCUCUUCAAAUCGUCCACGAUGAGAAAAUGAAGAACAACCUUGUAAGAAAAGUGGCUAUUGUCACUGGAACCUCAUCUGGAAUUGGCAUCGAGAUAGUCCGAGCUCUAGCAGCGACAGGCGUAACGCUCUACCUGACAGCCAGGGAUCCGGAUAAAGCGAAGGCUGCUCUAGGUGACAGCUUUAAUCCUAAGCAGAUGGAGCUUAUCAAAAUGGAUCAGACGUCUCUGGAAAGUGUACGAAAUGCAGCGAACACCAUUCUUUCAAAGACAACCAGUGUGAACAUCCUGAUUAACAACGCUGGAAUCAUGGCCUUGCCGGAUCUCCAGUUCACCACUGACGGCUACGAAGUCCAGUUCGCGACAAACCAUUUGUCCCAUUUCUUACUCUUUCAGUUAUUAUGCCCCGCACUUCUAUCCGCCUCUACUCCUGAUUUCCACUCCCGAGUUGUCAUGGUGUCAGCCUCCGGACAUCGGAUCCACGGUAUAAAUUCCUCGGAUAAUUACCACUUUCAAAAGGGAGGAUAUGAUCCCUGGAAUGCAUAUGCACAGUCAAAGACAGCAAAUAUAUACAUGGCUAACGAGAUUGAGCGACGUUAUGGAUCGCAAGGAUUGCACGCAACGAGUUCUCAUCCUGGCCUUGUCGCCACUCCAAUAGGCAAGUACCUUCCCACUCAGCAUGUGGAAGCGAUGAUGCAAAAUAAGGCCCUGCUCAAGAUCUUAAAAAGCCCUGAACAAGGUGCAGCAACUAUCAUAUGGGCUGCGAUCGGCAGGGAAUGGGAAGGGAUAGGGGGAAAAUAUCUCGCGGAUUGUGCUGAGGCUGAGCGUGGUCCGGAUGAUGGACAGAGAGUUAGUCCCACGUAUGUGAGCCAUACAUAUAGCCCCGAUGAUGAGGCCAGAAUAUGGAAGGAUUCUCUGGAUAUGGUGAGCUUAAGGACAGAUGAAUGA